AUGUCGUUCUCCGAAGCAGUGACCAGUUCGACGCUCGCUGGGAAUCUCUCCACUCACAAUUCCACGGCCGAUGGAAGCAGAAUGGAGUGGGGAGCACUAUCCGUCGUGUCAAUGGUCAUCUUCACCCUUACCUUCCUACUGGGCGUCCCGGGCAAUGGCUUAGUCAUCUGGGUGACGGGCUUCAAAAUGAAGAGUAAGGUCCACACGGUGUGUUUCCUGAACCUGGCUCUGGCUGACCUGAUCUAUUGCCUCACCGUUCCGUUCAGAAUGGCCAACUUCUCCCUGAUCUACUCUGGGCUGCAACGGAAAAUGUUCGCCAAAUCUAAGAAGCCUGUCCGCCUCAUCUUCACCGUUGUCGUCACCUUUAUGAUCUGUUGGAUCCCGAACACUGUCCGCAACCUCGUUUCAAUCUUCACACCGAUUCCCCUGGAAUUGACAUUAUUUACUAUAGCCCUGGCCUCCUUCAACAGCGCUCUCAACCCCCUUCUCUAUGUCUUCGCUGGCCACGAAUUCCAGCAGGUCUUCAGGCGCUCCAUCCUCGCCUCGCUUGAGCUGGCUUUGGCCGAGCAGAGGAUGGAAUUUGUGACCCGGACCCAGACCCCAAAAUUCACCUCAAGUACGAAUGUCUGA